AUGAACAAUCAUUCAUCACUUGAUGCCUUCCAAGCGGAACAAUUAAUCCAACAUCCUCACCAAGUGAUGGAGGAGUUGGUCAAGAAGAUGGAAUCCAACACAUCUUCUAAAAUUCAUGAGAAAAUGAGUCAAUUAUAUUCCAAUUAUUUUUUGAAUCAUGACGAACAAGAAGCGACUUGGAAAAUCAUUCCGAGCUUGAAUUCCAUGUCUGCACCCAAUACGGUAGUAAGGUACAGAGGAAUAAUUCAAGACAUGAAUAAUUCAGAAUUGUUUACAAGCUCGCAUUUGUAUCGAGAAAAUUCAUUUAUAGCUAAUGAUGAAGACGAUCAAAUGAAUGAUCAUCACUCAAAUUUAAUGGAAAGAAUGUUAUUUUAUUGCAUUCCAAUUCCUGGUGAGGCUAAAUGGUCUAGAAAUACAUUCUAUGAUGACAAUGUUGUUACGAAGGAGGAGAAUAAUAUUCUAAAUGAAGAAGUAAAAGAUGUGAAAAGAAAACGGAAUGAUGAAGACGAAUAUGAAAUGCUUGAAACAGAUGAUGAUCUGGUAGAAUCAAGUGAUUCAAAGAGAAGAAAAGAAACAACUUGUCACACAAAUCAUCACGAUCAUUCAACCACUCACAGUAAAACGAUAUCGAGAGAAGAAAUGUUGGAUUUUCCAAUCAAAGGAGAAAAAGGGCUUGCAUGUAUGGUGAAAUUAUAUGAUGAAGAGCAUGAGUUGAAAAAUGCUGACAUUGUCGAUUUUGUUGGUAUUGUGACCUAUGAGGAAAAUGUGAUGCGAGAUGAGGACGAAGAGGAUAAGGACUUCUACGGUAUUUUCACACCAGAAGCUACUCUUGUUCCUCGACUUCAUGUUCUCUUCUACAAAAAGUAUCAACAUAUUUCAUAUAUUGUUCCUAAUACUUUCCCGAUUACAACAGCAAAUCAAAUCUCAACUGUUAGGGAAAGUUUGAUUGAUUACUUAAGCUUGUGCUUGAAAGAAGAUAAACUGGCAGCAGAGUUGCUGUUAUUGCAUCUCAUCAGCAGAGUCCGUGCUCACAACUACGAUGUCACACUUGGCAAGUUUGUGUUAAACAUUUUUCAUUGUGACAAUGAGACAGCUCAUCACGUUUAUUCGUGCAUACGUGAAUUGGUUCCAGCUUCCUAUUUCUUUGAGCUUUCUAAUGAAAAUUUAUACACUACUAAAUUAAUUCCUUACAAGGACUAUAAUUCAGAUAAGCUGAAAACUGGAUUACUUCAACUAAGUUCAGGAACUCAUUUAGUGAUCAACGAAAAUGCUUUACGUGAAGGAAAUUUGGGAGAAAAAGCAUUACACAAUAUUGGGGCACUCUCAAAAUUAAUUGCUUCCCAAAAGGUCGAUUAUGACUUUUCAUAUCAUCCUCUCACAAUGAAUGUUGACAUACCAGUUCUGAUACUUUCUCAAGGAAAAUCACUAUUUCGUGACAGAGACGUGAAUUGCGUGAUCAAAUUGUCUCCUCCAACAUCAACACCCUCCAACUCAGAAAUUGCUGCAUCCACUACUUUAAAUUCCAACGAAAUGCUUCAAAUGUUCAGGUCAUUCAUUUCUCAAAUUACUCAGAAAAUGAAGAGUGAAGUGGUGUUGAGCGAAGAUUUCAAAACGAGCGUAUCCGAAGCGUUUGUAAAUGCGAAAUCAAAAGACAACUCUAUCAAAGAACACACUCUACAUAAUUGGCUAACCAUGGCUGAACUUAUUCAUGCGAGCUAUGGUAAAUUUGGUCAAGAAAUAGACCUUCCCACAUGGAGACGAGUGAUGGAAAUAGAUGAAGCCAUUAAGAAAAGGGUUUAG